AGAGGCCUGUUGGUCCACGGUCGCCCAUAUCAUUUUGGCCAAUCAGAACACUGAUCUUGAAUCAGGGGAGAGGAUAGGCUAUAGUAAGUGGUGGUGAUCUCCCUUUCUGAUUUGAACUUGUUUAACAAGGGUUUUCAGAGAGUCCAGAGAAUUUUAUUCUCGACAGUAUUUUAUACUGACCAAAGCUUACAUACUAUAAAACAGCUGUUGUUGACCAGAGACUACGUUGCCGUGUAAGAGAACCGCGUUGCGUGACAUUUAAUCGUUUGAAAGUGCUCGUUUAGAAUUUGUAAUUUGAUUUCGCGACGUUACCUAUUUAAAAUAUGAACAUUGUAAAACUUGUUUGGAAAAUCCAGGUUCGGAUCGUAUUUGAGUUCGGGCGUUUGUUUGUUGUCGUGUUGUAUUUUGAGUUUUUAAACUUCCCCAGGGUUCGUGGAACGAUGUCCUUUGUCGGGAAGCCUUUUGUUUUUUCUGUUUCAGGUGAAGAACAUGUCUGGUGCAGCAGCGAUGUCCGUGUUCUUAUUGCCGGGGAUUCCAAUGUCCAUCGUUUGAAGUCUGCGUGUCCUCCAAAUACAAGGAUUUACUUUCUUCCCGUCUCUGGUGCAAAGUAUGUGUCUGACCGGAAGGGCCUUAGAAAGCUGCUGCAUCAAGAGCUGAUGUCAGGUUGUUACGACAUAUUGUACCUGCAUCUUGGCUCUAACGAUAUUUGCUGCAAGGAUAGCGAUUUCUACCGAAACGCAAGAAGAUGGAAGUCAAGACUGGUAAGGUUAAAAGGGAGAAACCUACCAUGACGAAAAAGAAGAACAAACAGGUCCCUUGCUACAAUUGCCCAAACUGCAGGGUGUGCUGUUCAUCUGAAGAUGCCCUGCUCGACCAUUUUAUAAGGAAGCAUUCAUCGUGGAAAGUUGAUAGGCCUGACACACUUUACAAUCAGGAAGAUGAAAUCAACGUGCCAUCCAACAUCCAUUGCCACCGAGACACUGAAGAGACGCCCCAACAAGAUGACAACGCCGCAAAUGAAGAUCAAGUCAAUGUGCCAUCCCACUUCUUUUUCCAACGAGACACUGAUGAGACGCCCCAACAAGAUGUAGACACUUCACAGCUUCUUCUUAUUCUUUCAAAUGACGUUGAAUUUAACCCUGGACCGACUUUCAGUUGCAAGUGGACAUCAUGCUUCAAGAAAUUUAUUAAUUAUGGUGAACUUAGUGCCCAUAUAGUAUGUCACAUAGAGGGAACAAAUAGAUGCCAAUGGGAAGACUACCAUGAAUGUUUUUCAGCCGUAAGAAGAUUUUAGCUGCAUCUUUUGAGACAUUUGUAUGAUCGAGAUAUUCAAAACAAUCGAUGAAUGGAAAAACACGCUACCUGAUGGGAAGACCAAUGAACAGACAACAGAUCUGAAUAUGUGUCCGCUUCAUCUGAGGUCCAAACUGAUGCUGCUCUUAUUUGAUGAAGAUUUCUCCAUUCCAACGGGUUAUUACACAAUAGAGGAACACUACAAAUACCUGGAAUUGCUAAGUAUACGUCUUCCUUCCGAUUAUGCAAAGAUUAAAAAUAACUUCUUACUUAAAGGGGCCUUUUCACAGAUUUUGGCAUUUUUUUAACUUAUUCAUUAAAUGCUUUAUAUUGAUAAAUGUAAACAUUGGCUCGUAAAAGCUCCAGUAAAAAAUCAAGAAAAAAAAAUAAAAAAGGAAAAGAACAUUGCCCGGAGCAGAUUUCGAACCAGUGACCCCUGGAGUCCUGCCAGAGUCCUGAAGUAAAAACGCUCUUGCCUACUGAGCUAUUCCGCCGAGUACACAUUUAUGACGUAUUUUACACCUUAUAUAAGCAAUCUUUGUAGUUUCACAAAAUUUAACGACAAAAACAGAACUAUCCAAAUUAUUCAAUCGUUUCGCGUUGCAACGCUUUAUAAUUUUUAGGUUUUAAAAUCAUCAAAAGAUGCAUAUAAUGGCUGUAUUAGAGCAUGGUUAAUGUUCAGUAUUACUGUUUCCUCACAAAUAUCAUAACUAAAACGAAAACUUACGAAUCUGAAACAACUUUUUUCAAUUUUGUCAAUUUACCCAAGCGUGAAAAGAUCCCUUUAAAAGAAAAUAUUUAGGUGAAAACUGGGAAAAUUAUGUGGGAAAGUGUCCAACUGUACAGUUUAAUACUGCUGCUGACUAUAGUCCUACUCCUAAAGAUAUAUAUACUGUAGCUAGUUAUAAUGAAAAUAAUGUGUUUGUCUCUACAUCUAGACCAGAGUUGUGCAAAUUGCCAAUACAUACUUCUCAGGAACAACUUUAAACAAAGGAAUGCGGAAAAGAAGAAAAUCAAAUGAGAAUGUUCAAUUUAAUGUUGACAAUAAAUUGUGGUCAGAUAUAUUGAUUAAAAAUUUAACAAACUGUUCAAACGCUUUAAAAUUGCAAAAUCUUGUAUUACAAACUUUAGCAGAAAAGGGUUUUGAUACAUCAAAGAAGCAAUAUUUUUUUAAAUUAGAACAAGAAGCUAGUAGAUUAUCUGCACAUAACAACUGUACAACUGGAACCUUUGUAUGUUCAGUUUUUAAAAAUAAAAUUGAAGACAAUGAAUUUUAUUAUGUAAGGUAUGUUGAAUCUCGAGUUUACAGUGAAUUCAUGGAACAGAAGUACUUAUAUUUCCUUAAGGAGCAUUUAAAUGUUGCAGAUGAUAAUGUUUUGUUGCAUCAAGUUAUUACAUUGGAAGAUAUAAAUCAAAUGAAAAUCGAUGAAAAUAAACAUAAUAUAAAAAGGAAUCGCCCAGAUAAAAUAUUUAGUCAUUGUGUUGAUAAAAUUUGUCCAUCAUAUGCAAAUGAACUGAAUGACAAUGAAAAUUGUGAUAGUGUUCAACUACUGUCUUACGUAGUACUUUUUUCGCCAUUCAAAUCAAAAGCAUCUGUAGACAAGCCUGAAAAGAUGUUUUUUAAAAUGAAACCGAAGGAUUUGCAUGAAAGUUUACUGAAACUAGUUUAUGACUUUAAAAUAAAUCAAUUUGUGACCAAAAGUCGUUGUUCAAAAGAUAUAAUAACAGUACCAGCAGUUGUGAAUGGUACUCUCCUACAUCAGUCAUUUGUUUUGAAUUGCUUGUCUGGAAACAUCAAAGCAAAGCCAGAUUUAUUUGUUAAAUCAGCACGCUAUGAAUCUAAUUUUGUUGAAUCAGGCAACGUUUCUUUGGGUACAUCAUUAAGAAACAAAACGAUUCAGCUCUUUUUGAAAAAGGAUUAUGUUAACUUAUUUUCCAUUUAUAAGAAGUAUUUUCCAGAGUUAAAUGAAUGCACUGUUGAAACGUCAGAACCAGUUUUGAAAAAAAGAAAGACCAUAAAGCAUUCAAAGCCAAUAAAAAUUUGUAGAUCAGAAUUAGAGAAAAGAGUUGGCAUCUCUAAUGAAGACACUGAAACGGAUAUUUCUGAGCAUUUCGGAAACCUGUCAAUAUUUAAAAACUACUGUUGUUCCCUUCUAGAUCAUGGCACUUUAGUUAUACAAAUGCAUGAAGACAGUGGCAAUCUAGUUUGUUGCCUUAAUGAUUACUGCGAAAUGGAUGGUUCAUUUAAAGCAAAUGAUUUUAUUUUCACUACAAGGUUUUGUCAAGAAACUGGUGAAUAUCUUGACUGCACAUGCAAAAUAUACAAAACUCUGCUUAAUGUGAAGGAAUUUAACAUUAGGAACGAAGAAUUUCUAGUUUUAGACUCUUCAGGAGAUAACUGUGUAACUUGCAUGCAUUGUAAGUUUGUUAAAUUGCAUAUUUUACCUUGUUUAGCACCGGGCCAUGUACAGUGUCCAGAAUCAUUGUCAAGAAUCCAACACUUUGUGCAAAAGGCUUUGUGUUUUAACAAUCAGGAAAUAGUUGAAAUAUCUAGAAAACCAGAAAUUAGAAAAUAUUAUGUUCUUAUAGAAGGUGACGAGUAUCCAGCUUUUGUUCAUUUUAGAAUGAACAAAAGGCUUGGUAAAUGCACUGUGUCAUGCACUGUAGAUGCCGUUCUCAAAAGAGUUAUAAGAGAAAUAUAAGUACUUUACUGAAUUCGAAGGUUUGUAGGCACUUACACUUAUUUAAAUCAUAUACUCACAUGUGGGAAGAUUUAAUUCAUACAAAUAUUGAUAACAAUGAUGAUGAAGAACAGCAGUUAUUUGAUGACAAUAAUGAUGAUGAAAUGCCUGUUUCGGUUUCAUUAAGUACUGCUGCAUACAAUAACUUCAAUGAGGAAUCUGGACUUUGGAAUUUUAAGUGUAGAAGUAAACAUUCUCCCAGACUUAAAGACAAUAAUGAGUUAAGGAAAAAUAUCAUAAAACGUGAUCAGUGGAAUGAUUCUAACCUUGUUCGAUGUUCAGAUGGCUGCCUUAAAGGACCUGUAAUAUUUCCAGAUAUUCCAGACAAUACUUGUCCCUGUGGAAGCGGUUGGCUCAAGCGAGAAGAUGACGAUAAUUACAGCGAAAAUGGACUGACCAUACACGAAAGACAAAGGACAUUAACUAUUUACACAAAUUUUGCACCUGUAAAAUGUGACAUUCAUAUACGUGAAUGCUAUAAUUCAAUUAGUAAGCCAUGCAGAAUUCUUUGGGAUGAAGGGGAAUUAGAUUGUAUACAUGUAUUAAGUAGGGAUACAGCAGCAGGAGAUGAAAUAGGGUGGGAAUUUGUAUCUAUGGUUAUGAAUUCUAGUUGCACUUUUUCCUUUUACUGCCAGUUUAAAAAUGAGAUGUAUAAAACUCGCCACAAUAAGGCUAGUUUUAUGGAUCAGUUUUUUUUAUAUUUUGGUUCAGUUGGGCUUCAAACAUGAAAAUAGAUUUCCGUAUACCCUGUGGUGUAUGUGGUUAUGGUCCUUAGAGAUUGUGCUGUGAUGGUACAAAAGUAGGGGUUGGAUUUCGGAAUUCAAAUUAUGAGGAAAUUACAGAAACAAACCAGGCUUUGGGCAUUAAUAAUACGCUGCAUCGUAGAAUGGAUAGAUGUUUUUUGAAAAAUUUGAAUGGAAUUUACAAACAAGAAAUGAUUAACCUUCGAACUACUUUAGAUUACAUUGCUAGGAAAGAACUGAAUGAAAUUAAAGAGAAUGAAAUUAUUCCAGAGAGGGAUUUAUUGGACCGUAUCGAGUUGUUAAAACAAGCACUGCCCUCUGAAGUUUUGGGUUCCUUCGAAAGAUUUUAUCAAAUGAGUGAAAAUGAACGAGUUGCUUAUUCAAAUGUUUUAAAAAUGCUAGCAACAACUGCGUCCAUUACAAGCCUUGUACCCCCUGCAUGUUGUAACAAAAUUCAACUAUUAUUAAAUAGCCCCAAUAUUGAAAAUGAUCGAUUUAAUAGUAUUGUUAAUGAAACUCGUUCGUUUGCACCUGAACUAAGAGAUUUAAUUUGCGAGUCUUUAAUAAGUAACAAUGAAAUAUUGCAUGAUGACAUUAGAUUAUUUUUGCAAUAUCUAAUUAAUGAAUCAAUGUCAUUGCAAGUUACUGAACCAGAACCACCUGUACCUCAACUGGGCACAUACAAUCCUGAAAAGUUUGGAAGGGCCUAUUAUUUUAAUGAAUCUGGGUUAAAGUUAAGAAGUGUAAGAAAGUUUUCCAUUGACAAUGAUAGCUGUGUUAAAAGAAAUAUAGACCAUGACGAUACGACUUUAGAAUUUGAAAAAUGUCAACAGCUUUAUUCUAAAGUUCAAACUUCUGCUCGAGGAACAUCAACAUUAUUUCUUUGGUUCUGUGCAGACCAUGGACAUUGCUAUGGUUUUCACAUGACUGGGGCAGAAGGAAGAAAAGAUCCCGCAUUAUCAGUCUAUAGCUAUUUAGAAACCCCUCCACAAGACGUGUUUUAUGACUUUGCAUGUAAUUUACAAGAAUAUUGCCUAAACAGAGAAAGUGGAUACUAUAAAAAUGUACGUUUUUUUUCAUGACAUUUUCCAUGGCUACUCCCACAAAUGUUCUAGUGCUUUUACAGCUAGCAGACUUCAAGGCUUUGAAUCUGUUAAUUCUGAAAUAUGUGAACAAUUCAACAGCUUUAUACAGUGGAUUAAAAGGUCGGCCCGUCAGAUGUCACAGUCACACUUUUGCUUUUACCUACCAUUCUUUUUAAAUGAAUGGAAUAAGAAGAAAAAGUUAUCAUAUGAAAAAAAGAUAAGAAUUGCAUUAGCUGGGUUGGUUUAAUGUGAUACUUAAAUGAUCUAUAAUUUUAAGUUCAUCUGAACUUUGAAUACUUACUUUUGCAUCUUUUGAUGCUUUUUUUCUAUUUAAAGACUGAGCGAGUAAACACAUACUAUGUAUUAUUAUGCAAUAAUUGUUUUGUGUUUAUAUCUCAACUGAGCAUAAAGUGCUCAGGGUGAGCUAUUGUUAAUGGUCUUGGUCCGUCAUUGGUCAACAUUUUUUACUUAAACAACAUCUAACCUCUGUGCCAAUCUUAAUGGAACAUGGCACGAGUUUUCUUGCAUGAACCUCUUUCAAAGUUGUUAAAUGAAAUGCAUUCCAUGCAUAAAUCUGGUUGCGAUUGCAACCAAAAGGAAAGUUUAUUUUUUGGCAUAAAACAUCGUCUGGUUGACCUCCUCCGUGAAUUUCAAAAUAUGCUAUACCCAACUCACAGGCAAAUUUGUCCUUAUUUGCUCAUAGUGAACACUUCUUUUAAAUGGCCAGGAAGAGAGUUCAAGUUUAUAGACAAAAGCAACAGUCAGAUGAGCGAUAUAGUGUCAUCAUAGCACCUUUAUAGCUGAAUCAUUUAUGAAAAAUUGUCAAUGAUAUAUUCUGUGACUUGUAUGAUUUGCAAUAUUCAUUUCGCUGUCUUCAUGCACCUUACAAAAGCCAUUUUAUUAUCAGUGUUCCUGAUUCUGUCGUAGAAAUUUAUUCUUGAAAUUCGUUGUUUUUCAUAUUUUUCCUGAUUGUUAUGCUCCCCGAAAUAAAAUUUUGACGGAGCAUAUAGUUGCCAGUUUGUCCUUCCUUACUAGUUUCCCAUAGCACCUUCAAUUCUUUACCGAUCUCUUUCAUAUUUGGCAUGUAGGUACCUUCCAUGGACCUUUACCUUUUGAUGAGGUCACUGGGGUCAAUGUCACCAAGGCUAAUAAUAGAUUUUUCCGUCACACUUUUGUCACAGUUUCUUAUAGCGCCUUCAAUACUUAACCGAUCUCUUUCAUAUUUGGCAUGUACGUACCUUGCAUGGACCUCUACCUUUUGAUGCGGUUUGAGGUCACUGGGGUCAAUGUCACCGAGGCUAAUAAUAGAUUUUUUAGGUGAUUAUUAACACAUAGAUUGACAUAGCGCAUCAUCGGGGAGCAUCCAUCAGUUUCACUGAUAUUCUUGUUGUAGGUUAUAUACGUGAUCAUAGAUACUGUAAAUUUUGUCUUAUGCGACAUGUUUAUAAUGUAGAAGAUGAGUACCCUGUGUUUAUGCAGUGCCCAUUGUAUAACACAGAUAUGAUUUGUUUUUUCCGCAGUGGUUGAAUGAAAUGGAAACUGUUUCGUUUGUUCUAUAUGUUAAUGGCCGAUGAAAAUGACAAGCACAUAUUUUUGAUUGCAAAAUGUGUGUAUGUGCAUGCUAAUAUAUAACAACUACGUAAUUAUCAUGCAAAUUAGCCGUCAUUUUAAUACUGCAUUCUUGUAUUGCAUUUUUUAUUUAUAUCUGAUAAAAAAUACUGAUUCUUAGGUUACUUUAUAAGUAUGUUACUAUUUUGCAUGCUUACAUGUUAUAGGUAUUUAAUUAUUAGGUAAUCCAUGUUUUGGUGGUCUUAUAAUGUAUAGCAGUAUUUGUUCUACGAAAGUGCAUGCGUGUGUUGCAUCAUAUGACUUUGUAUUCUUUAACUAUUCAGGUUAUUUUAUAUAAUUAUGAAAUUAAACUGUAUGUAUUAUGGCCCUGUGGCCUGACUGCAAAUAAAUAUUCGUAUUUGUAUACAGUUUUUGUAAUGUGAUGUAUGGUUGUAUCGUGUUGUUUCACUUUUUGAUCAAUAUAACUAUU